UUCGAAAUUCCCAAUUUGAUUAGACUCACAAAUUUACAGUGCAAGUACUAAAUUAUGGCAUGAUGGUCGCAACUGGACAACUCAUGUUAAUAAUGUUAAUUGGCCUUUGGACUUUGUAUGCCAGCGCAGAUGAAAGUCGAUUAAACGAGAAUGGGGUUAGAGUUUACAAAUUUGUUGACAAGAAGGGCAUGGAGUGGGAGUAUGAGCGCGUAAGGGAGCAGCAUACUGAUGCUGUGAAUGGCACAGAAGAGGAGGAAGUCGUUGUAUACAAUGGACCCUGGCAGAAGCAGUCCAACUCAAUUGCCACACGCAGUUGUCAACAUGCUCCACAUGCGGCGGCUCUCAUACUUGGCUCUGUGCUAAACAUUUUGACCAACUAGUGCACAAUGUAAUUUGAAUUCAAAAUGCUUAUGUAAUUGCAAAAGGCUUCAGCUGCCACAUGUGCACUAAUGAAGUGCUUUCAACUGUGCUGCAUUUAGUUUUUAUGUUUGCUUGCGGGCUUAGAACAUGACUCCGGCUUGAAUAGAGCGCUGAGCUAUUCAUGCGUCGCACUUUGUAGCAGGCUUCAGGUUUCAUUUCAUUUUAAAGCGCUGUAAUUAUGAAAAUUAUAUAUUUCACGCAUGAUUUGGACCGUUAAUUAACUUAACUAAAUGUAAA